UGCAUCGGUCGGAGUCUGCGGAGCAGCUGAGGAGCAGAUCCGGAGGUAAAGCUGCUUCCUCUCCCCAGGCUGGUUCAUAAUGCUCCUCCUCAGCGGGGAGGAGGCCUCCUGCUGCGGCUGCAGCUCCCAGUCUCACCUGGAGCGGUUCAGAUGAAAACUCCACCAGACAGAUCUGGAAUCACCUUUGAAAUCGGGGCUCAGCUAGAGGCUCGUGAUCGGCAGAAGAACUGGUAUGCUGCCACCAUCGAGAAGAUCGACUACGAUAAAGAGCGAGUUCUGGUCCACUACCGCCAGUGGAGCCGCCGGUACAACGAGUGGUUUCACUGGAGCUCGCCGUAUCUCCGGCCUCUGGAGCGGGUCAGCCUGAGGAGGCAGGGCCUGGGCUCCCAGCAGCAGGCUCAGCCGAUGUUUGCUUCAGGAACCAAAGUUCUGGCCUGUUGGACCGACUGCCGCUUCUACCCAGCAAAAAUCCUCAAAGUCAACAAAGACGAGUCCUGCACGGUGCGGUUCUAUGACGGCGUGGUCCAGACGGUGAAGCCCACCAAGAUCAAACCCUUCCAGCAGAGGUCCAGAUCAGAGAAGAGCGCCGUUGGGAGCGAGGGAUGCGAGGAAGGAGAGAGUGAGGAGGAGGAGGAGCAGAACCCUAAAGCAGAGGGAGACGCGGAGGAGGAGGAGCAGAGGAAGAAGAAUGUAGAAGAAGAAGAAGCAUCAGAGGAGAAGGAGGGAGUGGAGGAGGGAGGGAGGAGAGCAGAAUCCUCAUCCAUCCAUCCAACAGCGAAGAAGAAAGCAGAAAGCAACAGGAGUGAUGGAGUCCAGCAACAGCCAAUCGCAGCAGACCCCGCCCCGGCAGCUGUUCCUAACCCCGCCCACAUCGACAAAGAUGUCCUGAUGGAGCGUCAGGCUCACCUUCCCACCACGCAUAAGUUCAGCAGAGAGCCACUCUACAGGGUGAUAAAGAACCAGCCUCCUCCCAUCCUCUCCAUCGAGCUGGACCACAACCCCUUCAAGUGUCCAUCUCCUGGCUGUUCCAAGUCCUUCAGGAAGGCCAGCCUGCUUCACUACCACAUCAAAUACUACCACUCUGACCAGCAGCUGGACGCGGGCGGCGAGCCGGAGACCUCCAGGAGGAAGAGGUCGUCUUCUGAAGGAGGAGAUUUCCCUUCCAGCAAGAAGGCAGAGAUCCAGGCCGGCAGCUGUCACCAUGACGACAGAGAGCUGGGCAUCAUGUCAACAGAGACGAAGAAGGAUGAGAAGAAGGAGAAGCCAGGAGGACACGACCGGAAGGACAGGAAGCACUUUCUACGAGUCAAACUGAGGAAGAAGAAAAAGAAGAAGAAGAAGAAGAAGAGUCAGUCAGCAGGAUUCGGGGGCAGUAGUGACGACGAGAUGUCAGACAGACCGCCCAUCACCCUGAAGCUCUCACACUCGCACGUGGACGAUGGCAGCGAUUGGUCAACAUUAACGGCUGAGAGCGGAGAGGAAUCCUCCUGGCCUGUCACUAUGGAGAUGGACGAUUGUGAGGUGGUGAGGUGCGUGUGUGAGGUGGACGAAGAGAACGACUUCAUGAUUCAGUGUGAGUCGUGUCUCUGCUGGCAGCAUGGAACCUGUAUGGGUUUAUAUGAAGACAAUGUCCCUCACAACUACAUCUGCUACUACUGCAGGCAGACCUCAGGUUGGAGGCGAGCGCAGCGGUUCCUCUCUGAACCUGACCUGCUGAUCUCAGGUCACAUGUUCGGCCUGUCAUGUGUGAAGGAGAACUAUUCAGAGAUCAACGCCUCAAAGAUCUCCCAUACCAGCCACCUGCUGGCGCAGACACACGCCCUCCAUCAGGUCCUCAGUGGCCUGCAGCUAAAGAUCAGCCUGCUACGCUCUCCCUCACACCCCGACCUGCAGCUGUGGAGGUCACCAUGGAGACAGGAAGAGGCGCUGAGGCUGACAUCCAGCCAGAAAGAUGAGCCUCCCAUCUGUUACGUCAGUAGCGAGCACUGCUAUCAGAAACCAGAGGCAUCAUUGGAAACGGCUGAGGAGGAGCUGAUGGUGGGAGAUGGCCAGCAGCAGCCUGAAGAUGUGAGGAGAGCGGCUUCUCUGAGCGCUGUGGACACCGUCACUGGGACCCACAGUCACAGCCUCCUCAGCAGGGCACCAGAGAACCAGGCUGAGGGCCCGACCCGCAGCCAGAUGUCGGCGGCUCAGUGCCGGCUGAACCUGCUGGAGCACGUGGAGUCGCUCCAUCAUCAGAUCAGCUCCAGGAUGGACCUGAUCGAGCGAGAGCUGGACGUUCUGGAGUCAUGGCUCGACCACUCAGGAGAGCUGGAGCCACCGGACCCUCUGUCCCGCCUCCCGCAGCUUAAGCAGCGAAUCAGGCGGCUGCUGAGCGACCUGUGCACGGUGAGACGCCUGGCGGUCUGCCGCUGAUGAUGAAGGAGAAAACACUCAGCUGUUCCUGCUGGGAAAACCUUCUCCUCUACAGAGACUGAACCAGGACCAGAACCGGGCCGGUCCAUCGAUACCAGGACGACGGCUCCCUGCAGACAUCCUUAUAUUAACGCACUAAUAUUCAUCCAAACUGUAAUUAGUUUUUUAAACCUUUUUGUUUUUUAGCAGAUGUUUCUAGAAACCAGCAGCAGUUUUAUCCCCAGAAACAGAAUUUAAAAAACCUGACGGCCUGUAGGGGGCGCCUGUGAGGAUCCAGGUUCAUUGCUGGUUUAAAUGAACCAGUGGGGGGGCUGAAGGUUAGCGGGUCAGGCGGUUCUGCUGGGGGUUUUUACCGGGACGUUCCUGGCUGACUGAGACCCUCAGAUGGGUCCAGUCAGAGCAGGAGAAGGUUCUGAUGAUCCGCUGCUGCUGCUGUUUCUAUUUCCCACCUUCAUCCGUAUGAAGCCACAGGAGGUUCUGGUUCUGUGCUGAUCCAGUUCUGUAAAUAGUGGAUCAGAAUGCUGCCUGCAGGUCCGCUACCUUCACCUGGUUCUGCUGACCCGUUCUCCAGAAAUGUUCUCUCCUCCAGUCCUGGACUGGUUGC